AUGGACUAAAACUGAUCUCAGCACCGCGCCCUGCUGCUUUCCAGGAGUCUAUAACCUCCUUUUUUUUCUCCUCCCUUCCUCCUCUUUUCCUCCAGAAUGGCCCGGUUUGGAGACGAGGUCCCGGGCUUGCUGAGCUCCGGGGAUGGAGGCUCCGAGCUGCACCGGAUCCGGGAUGGAGGGGGUCUCUCCACAGGGGGCAUCUCUCCCGCUUUUAAACAGACCAAAGCGCAGCGUGCGCGCACCAUGGCACUGUACAACCCAAUCCCGGUGCGCGAGAACUGCUUCACCGUCAACAGGUCGCUCUUCAUCUUCGGAGAGGACAACGUGGUGCGGAAGUACGCCAAGAAAAUCAUCGAGUGGCCAUAUCCUUUUAUUCCUCUGGUGUGA